CACGGCCCAGAUACUAUUUCCCCUCUUCCAACUCUCUGUUCAUUCAUCACUGGCAACAACAAGAAGAACAAAAAACCCUAAUUUUCAAAAAAAUUGAAACAAAAUCCCAAAUUGUUCUGUGUAUUCAGAAAUUGAAUUUGUGUUUUUAAUAAUCUCGAUGAUGAGAGGAACCAAACGAUUCGCUCCGUCCGAUUCCAAAUCGUUCACAAACGACUCAAUUCAAGGAAAGAGAAUAAUGGGAUCAAUUUUUGAUUCACAAAAGGCUGAGCAAUCCCAACCACAAACAAUGAAGGCUCCACAGUUAGAUAUGCAAAGGGCCGAAUCAUCUAGACAGCAUGUGAGAGCUCUCAAUACUCAGUUCGCAAGUUGGGUCCAAGCACAGUUACAGAACAACCCUGAUGAACUUUGGGAAGAUGGAAUUCAAGACUACUUAAACCAUUCUUCAACUAUCAAGGAGAAGUUUAGUGACAUUGUGAAUUGGCUGAAAGCUAAUUCUUCCAAUGGAGAGAUCAAAUCUGCACAUGGAUCCCAAGCUGCUUUGAAGACCCUAGAGUCAGAAAAUAAGGAGAGUGAUGGUCGAUUAUCUUUUCCCAAACCUGAUGCUCCUGUGGCUAAUUCAUCUUCAAGUUUUGGUGCGUCAUGGAACUCAGGAGCUCUCUUUAGCAAAACAACUCCCUUUUCAUUUGGGCUUCAACCUUCUGUACAAACCCAGAAUUUGGUACCUCUGAAAACUGCUGCUGCUAAUGAUGUCCAAGAUGCUGAUUAUUUUUGUAAUGCAGAAGAUGAAGUGGAGCAGCCAAGCAGUCCAUCUGUGAAGAAGACAGAAGAAAAGGGAGUCACUGUUGUCCAUGAGGUCAAAUGUAAACUUUAUGUGAAGUCAGCUGAUCCAGUGGAUAAAGAUGCAUGGAAAGACAGGGGCACGGGUCAGCUUUCUAUCAAGUGUAAAGAAGGUGUUAGCAAGGGUACCCGGGAAUCGAAACCAACUAUCCUGAUACGAAAUGAUGUUGGAAAAAUUUUGCUUAAUGCAUUGUUGUAUCAAGGCAUUAAAACAAACUUGCAGAAGAAUUCCGUUGUUGCUAUAUUCCAUACCUCGGGUGAUGGUGACAAUGAUGAUGUUGUUGCACGAACAUUCUUGAUAAGAACGAAAACAGAGGAGGAUCGUAAUAAAUUGGCAGCAGCCAUCCAGGAACAUGCUCCUACUGCCUGAGAACUACCGUGGCGUCAAUUUUCUGUUUGUAUCAUUACCCACCUCCAAGCAGGACGGAUGCUUGGAAUGGAUCACUUCACCUCUUCGACAGUUACCUGAAAGACUCUUGAAGUUCUAGCAGUUAAGUUAUAGCUUAGAGGUUAUUUUGCUGGAUAAAUGAACUGAUCCUGCUAUUGUAGGAAGUCCUGUCCCAUCAAGAGGCUUUUACACACUGUUAUGUAUAGAGGAAAAAUUUGAGAUGUGCCCAACAGAACAAUAAGAAAUUGUAUACCUUUCUAAUUAUAUUGUUGGGAAUGA